ACUUGGCUCGGUUAGGCUGCUGAUUAGCAACAAACAGAAGGUUACGAGUUUAAAAAAUUGUAUAAUUCGGCCGCCGGACUGGCUUUGAGGCAACGAGAGCGGUAUGAACUAUGUCGGGUGUGUAACCGGACCUUGUUGGGCCGCUUUUGAGAAGACCUCGUGGUGAUUUGCAACAUUUCUGGCAGCUCGCGGAGACAACCUCGCUUUUAGGUCGUUCAAGUGGCGAUGCUGCGCUGAUAGCUGCGUCAUCAUGUUGCUUCCGACUCGAGUUGGCGAAAAGAAAUCUCAAGUUAACGCCAGAGGUGAGGCUGCCCGCCGUCAUCCAGCUCCGGAGGCCACUCCCGACGCCUGAAAUAGAUGGAAGACGGGCUGCUGGUGAGCGGUUGGCGGUGAAAGCCUGUUUACGUGGUCGCGGUGUAACUGGUGACUUUACAUCACUUGGCUCGGCGUUGUUGGCGCGAGACUCUCCUGGCUGCAUUUAGUAUCCGCACUCGGAUGGACAGGGAAACAUUUCUGUUGAUGUUGCGUAGCGAUAGAAACCGCAAACGUGUGCAGAGAUACGACCAAAUGCUCCCCCAAACAGAAAGUGGAAGUGUAUUGAUAUUUCAGGGAUGUUAGCCACAGCUGUUUGCCCGUUGAGAAGUGAUGCCCUCACUGACAGCUAGGUUACAAAGCAGGACCCUCCUGUGAAAUGCUGCUGGCUCCCAUCUGCUGGCGACUUUCUUUUGUAGCUAUAAAAGACAUAAACAAGCUUUUGUAAACCAUUAUGAGCGACGUAACGGUUCAUUUUUAGCUAAUAAGCUAAUUUGUAGCCGUUAAAUCGGAUAUGUUAGACUGUUAGCAGGGUGUCAGAGUGUUUUGUUGGGACUUUUAGGGGGUCUGUUGUCUGCUGUCACCGUAUCCACGUGGACUUUGUUUCAGGUCGGUGCGUAAAGUUUGGCACACAGCACCGGACUGAUUGCUCCAGAGAGGAAGCGGCUGCUGCACCUCUCAGCCUGGGCAAAGUUUCACACCAGACUAUAAAAAAAGCGUCUAAAAAUGGCAAGCGACUGCACACACACCAAUUCUCAUUACACGAACACAAAGUCGUUUUGUCCGUCCAAACCCUGGUCGGAUGGAGACAGAGAGAUAGCUGGAGAGAUGGAGCCAGCCGGGAACUCAAAAGGGCGUGGACUUCCCGCACGGUGUUCGCCCAACUUUGAGAUGAUAGAUGGGCUUCUGUACCGCAAGAAGCUGGAAAGGGGCUUCAUCAACUACAGGGAGGUGUUGGAUGAGGACCGGAGGCAUGAGGCCGUCUCCACCUUUCACCGGCGGCGGCUUGGCCAGCGCCACCUCUCCAUGGAGGAGACCUACAAAUGCGUGGCUGAAAACUACUGGUGGGAAGGGAUGUACUUCCAGAUCAGAGACUUUGUCCUGAGCUGUCCAGAGUGUCAAAGCCAGCGCACCAAGAAAACAGAGGAGCUGGGUGGCAGAGGAUGUGUCACAAAGACGAUAGUGUCACACAGCGCUGACAUGCUGAGCAAGCUGAGGAGUCAGCGUGAGGCAGGGCUCUUUUGUGACAUUACACUGCGGACGAACGGGCGAUCGUACUCGGCCCACAGAGCUGUCCUGGCAGCCGUCAGCGAUCACUUCCAAGAAAUCUUCACAGAAAUGGACUCGAGCAUGAAGGCAGACAUAGAUCUCACUGGUUUUAGUGAGGACAGCCUAUUGUCCCUGCUGGAUUUCUCCUACUCCUCCACUCUGUGCGUCCGCCAAGAGGACCUACCUGAAGUCAUCGCCAUGGCCCGCCACCUGGGCAUGUGGCCUGCAGUGGAAGCCUGCUCCGCUCUCCUUAAAGAGCAGGAACAACAGCUCCAUCCUGGCAAGGGCUUUUCCUCAGCAUGUCACGAGCGGCACCACCAACAGAGGGAAGGCAAAAGGAAAAGAGGUUUGGGAUUAGAGGACAGUAUGAACGACGGUUUCAGCCUAACGCUGGAUGCAUCUGAUGAGUCUGUACAGGGAAGUCCAAGGCACAAUUUGCGCAGGACACCGAAAUCCCAAGGCCAUAAUGGACUCCCUCUGAGCCCAUCGCACAGGAUGAAGCUCAUGGACUUUAAAUCUCCCUCUUCUAAGAAAGCUUCCACACCUCGAGAUGCCAUGGGCACCCCACAAUCACAGAACUACUUGCGUAUAUCACCAUCAAACACCCGUCUUCUCCGCUCCACUCCAGGGGCUGCCAAGAAGGUUCAGAGAUUGCUACCCAUGCCAGAGAGCCCUCGACGAAACAGAAAACCUCACCCUAUCACCCAGCUCUCCCGCACCUCCAGAUCAAGGGUUACAAAGAUUGGUGGGUGUAGUCCUGCUAGGGUAAAGCAGGAAGUAGAUGAGGUUGGAGAGGAUGAACAGGAUUAUGCAAGAGCACAGGAGAAGUACAAGCUGAUGAAUGUUCUUGGAUUACAAAGGACUGCCCUCCUCCCCAGACCAGAGGAUCUGAUUGGUUGGAGACAAAAGAAACGGCUGAGGAAGCUGAAGGCCAACAACUAUUCACUGACAAAGCGCCGAAAACCACGCUCCACCUCCCCAGGACUAGCAUUUGGGGCUGUGACACUGGCACUUCCCCUCUGUAACCCCGUCAACAGUCACCUCCUCAGCAAGUCAGUAAAGGGCAAGCCUGUGGGCCCAGUCAGCACGGAGCAGAUGACAGCAAAGAGGCCAAAGAGUGUACAGCGACCUGUUCCUCCAAGUGACAGGAGCAUGCGGAGUAAAGGCGUGUUACCAGACAUGUUCCAGCCUGCAUCCAGGCCUUCCUUUGGGGGGAGGGAACUUAGACGGUCAGUGAGGAAUGGUGACAGCGCUCACCUUGCUGCCCAGCAGCCUUUGCGACGUAACACCAACAAAACUCUAGUAAGAAACACAGUCAGGAUCAAGUCAGAACCAAGUCAAUACUCUAUCUCAGGUUUCCCUCUUUCAUCAAACAAUCGCUGCAGUCACACACCUCUCAAAUCACCACCUCCGCACAGGACACAGGCCAGAAAUAAGGUCACCGUAGAGACUGUAAAAACACUGCGCUACAACAAAAGCCGACCAGUGGCGAAGGCCAAGCUCAGGCAGGGCUCUACGAGGGAGGUGGAGAAGACAAAGUGUAAGCCCAGAGAGGAGGGGAGGAAGGUAGGGGUCAUGGACACUAGACCCAGAGUGAAGGUUAAUGAACCUGGUGGGCUCCAGUUUGCAGAGCACGCACCUCCGCCGUCCAUCUACAACCACCCCCUGUACAAAGUCAUCAAAGAGGAGCCAGCAGAUCCCGUGCCAGUUGCACAUUUCUCUGAUCCUCCCUCCCCAGACCUGGGCAAGCGCCAGAGCAAGCCCCCCAUCAAAUUACUGGACUCAGGCUUUCUGUUCAGCUUCUGUCGACCAGCAGGAGGGCCGAUGGCGGGACUGAAGAAAGAGGAGGAGAGCGUUGAUAUAUGCUUAACUCGUUCUGUGUCACAAGUUGGGGAGAAAUUUGGAGCGGAGGACUCCCCUCACAGGGCACUGAGAGCCAGAGGGCCACCCACCCUGCCUGUGGUGAAGAAGGAGAGGAAGGAGAGGAGCGUGAGCCAAAGCAAGGUUAAGAGACCCAGGCCAAACUCCCGAAACGGCACCCUUCACCUGGCCAGAUCUGCUGGGUCAAAGGCCAAACGGACCAUACCAAAGCAAGGUAAACUCCCUCUGAGCAGCAGGAGCUGUGUCAUGAUGGACGCCGUACGUCGGGCAAGGCUAAAGCAGCUCCGAGGACCUCGUAGUCAAGUCCCCAAUGCCCCAAAAGCCCCCCAUGCCUGUGUGCAGUGCUCAGCCUCCUACAAGGACUGCGACGCUCUAAUCAUGCAUCGCCUCAGGCACAUCGAGGGCAAGCACUGGCCAUGUCCGCUCUGCAGUAAGACGUUCUUUCGACUGAGGAAUGUACGGAGCCACAUCCGCACCCAUGACCCCAAGUUGUACAAAUGCCGGAGCUGCAUCGCUGCCGGUUCCUGAGGCAGCUAGAGGGUCUGCCCAGGGAGCGAUACUGAGGAUGAAGGCUGUCAGUGUCUGACACCAGCGAACAGACUGAAGCCAGAGGCACAUGAUCGAUCAGCAGCUUGUAUAUAACGCAUCCGUCACACACAAGCACAACGGUCUGUGGAAAGGCAUAAUUACUCGGAUUCUAAUUAUCGCCGUCGUCAAUGAUCGCUAAUGUUAUUUAAAUAACCAAACCGAGGUUGCUGGUCCUUUUGCGUUUCCGUAGCUACAGAAGGUUAAACUUGAACAUUACACUCAGGGGGUGGGGAAUGUGAUGCCACGGUAUAAAGUGAUUUAACGUCACAGUUGUGUAUAAAAUGAAAGUGAUUGUUAUAACUAUUACUGCUACGUAUUGUUAUUAUUUUUCUAUGUAUAGAUGACUUUUGAGUGCACUUAUAUCAUAGCUUAUGUUGUAAACCUAAGAAGUGGUGAUGAUUUUGAAGGUUUGGAGUUCACGGCGGGAAUACUUGAAGUGAUGCAAGCGCUGGAGGGAAUACUUGAAGUUGGCAGGGGGUCUUAGGAGAGAGACUGUCCUUUGGGUGUUUCAGUGGGUCUUUGUCCUUUGGUGUGCUAACUUUUAAACGACUCUACCGAUCUGUCCCUCCUUUCUUAUCGAUCUGCUAGUCUCUCACAGCCUGUGAGUCUGGGGUUCGACUCGGGGCUGUUCACCACUGCAUGUGUAUCUGCAGGCCGUUUGUGGUCCGUGUCUUUUCUAAGACUGCCAAUUUUAAAAAGGGAAAAUGUGUCUCGUUUUUAAUGUGAAUUUCUGAAUAGUAAUCAACACAGCUCUGUCAUUACAGAUGUUUUAUUGAUCUCCUGUUCCACUUUGAUCCGAGUUCGACUCGUUCGACUUCAAAUCCCCCUCCUACUGAAUAAAUGCAAUGUGUUCACAUAAAGAGAUGUUUGUUUCACAAAUUGAUUUUAGAAAUAACUGAGCUGUCUAUCGCUGUUAAAAGACUGAAUAAAUUUUUGCCUUUUA